GUUUCUGGUGUCAAAAAUUCACGUCCGCUUGGUGCAAUGCUGUAAUAUUACGCUAAACUACCUUUUCAAAGCUACUGCCAUUUGUUGAACGUGUAAAUAACUACGAAAAAUAGAUUGACCUUCACUUUGAACUGCAUUUUCCGCCUUGAAAUCAUAGAAUUUGACCGUUUAAGAUGGCGAAUAAUUUGAAUGAAUCCCGCUGGAGGUAAACAAGAUCGAAUCUAGAAAUUACUAAACAAUGGCAAACAGUGAAGGUGCUGGAAGACAGCCUCAGUUCACCAACACACAAUAUGAAAUCCCAUCAUGGCAGACGCCAUGGAGUAAGCCUUGGUAUCAAAGAACAGAUAGCGAGAAAGGCGACACACCGAGUCGCUACAAGUAUAAUGAUCGAGGGCAUCUAAGUGAUUGUACUUGUGUUAACUGUGAAGAAGACUUAGAAAAAGCAUUCUCACCUAAUGUUGACACAACCAGGCAAUCAGUCUCGGACAUUCCUAGAGAUCGUCACAAAGAUGUAAAUAUACAAGUACAUCUAGAAGAUCUUGAUAUAACAAAUGGCGGUGAAGAAAGUUCUACUUCUGCUCAAGUUACUGCCCCUAAAAAGGUAUUUUUAUUGUCAGACCUCGCCGAGGUGACCCCAGCCUCGUCUAAUAAUAGUAUAACAACUACCGAAACAUUCUCUACGUCAAAUGAUCGAGCGUCAAGCCAAGAUUCUACGCCAACCAUGACAGCAAGUAUGACCCAUGAUUCCAUAAUGGAGGUUUUUGGGAAUUUUGGUGCGAUCGAAGCGAUAUCACAGCAAACUCAAGAUAUCCAGACAAGAGUUCAUAAUUUUAGUGGUACAUCAAAUACACAAGAGUACAAAACAAUGAGAGAUUUACUGUUAGCUUUAAUGAGAGAGCUAAGUCGAAUACAUUCAAAUGUAGAAUGGUUUGCAAUAUCGAAAAACAUGGCGCUAGAAGCCAUUAAAAAUACUCUUGUCAUACUAGAACAGAAGGCAAAACAGGAAGAACAGUCGUAAUGCCUAACAUUUCAAAAUAUAGCUACAAAAAACGAGAAUAAAAGAAGCAUAUUUUGUA